ACAGGCAAGAAAACUUGCCUUUUAUAUACCGUCUAGUCUUCCCAGUGCACGCACCUGUAUUGUAUUGCGGGAGUACCAAGCCAACUUGGCUCACGAUUUGUUAUUUUAGGGGCCAGUUAGAAUGCAUGCAGAACGUUAAUGACGUGCAUGUACAUGUACCUCGUACCGAAGGACUUUGUCUAAGGCUGGAAAGGGAUCCGGUAUGUUCACCUCCAGUGAGGGGCGAGUCCUCUCUCGGCCUGGCUAACCAAGAUUCAAGCUUGCGGUCUACUCGUUAUGUGGGAAAUUAACAGCUGGUUCUGCGGAUGUGAAAACUGAAGAGAGGCCCAUUAUAGAGAGCGGUAAACUUCACGUGAUAAGCAAGAACAGACGACUCCCCGACAUUUCUGAAGACAUGUCUAGUGCAUGUUCCAAAUUGAGAUGCUACGGAGCUGCCACGGGGGCUGGGUACCGGCACCGGCCUUCCAAUGUGUCUUUUCUACAGCUGGUAUUGAUACUGACGACAUUACUUCGGACUUUGGUUCAACCUGAGCUUGUCAAUGCUGAUACGACGCAUCACAUCACCACAAAUGGAGAUGAAGCGGGCUCAGAACAAGUCACUGUGGCUGAUCCCAGAGCCACAGAAAUAAGCACAGGUACAGCACAACUACAUGAACAUGUAUAUGCCGACACUCCAAGCGGGCAACUGUCUGAGAGCUUGACGGAUCAAGAGGCUGACUCUGCCGGCAUUGACGGUGCUUCUGAGUACCAUGAUCAAACAAGGAAUUCCGCAGCUAGGCUCGACACACAUGUUGAUUUGCUUCAAGUUGGGUCUACUGAACAAGAUACCGACCCAUGCUUGCAACAGCCUUGUGGACACGGGACCUGCGAGAGGCUUCAGUCAGGCUUCCGUUGUUUCUGCUCCUCAUACUGGACCGGACCUUUAUGCCUGGAACCACUCCCCUCCUACUGCGAGCGUACACCGUGUCGAAAUCUCGCAACAUGCCUUGAGACACUAAACGGCUACCAGUGCUUGUGCCCCGCCGGUUUCACCGGAACACGCUGCGAGACAAAUAUCGUAAACUGCGAUUCCGCACCGUGCGAAAACGGCGCCAUCUGCAUCGAUGGCUCAGAAAAGGAGAGCUACACUUGUAUCUGUACCCGGGGAUACCGUGGUACCCGCUGCCAGAUCAAUGUGGACGAUUGCUUUCAGGGACUGUGUAAGAACAACGGAACGUGUGUUGACCUGGUGGCCGACUAUGCAUGCAUUUGCCCCAGAGGAUUCUAUGGCAAGUCGUGUGAGUUUGAUGUCGAUGAAUGCAGCAGCAAUCCAUGUCAGAACGAAGCAGACUGUGUCGAACUCAGCGGGGACUACAAAUGCGUAUGCGGCCCAGAAUUUACGGGGGGGAAUUGCGAGUUACGUCUAAUCGACGCUUGUGCACCAAACCCGUGCGAGAACGGAGCAACAUGUGUAAGCCACGAGCAGGGGAGGUUCCGCUGCCAGUGCACAGCAGGGUAUGAAGGGGAUAGAUGCCAUGUUGAAAUCAACGAAUGCCAAACGACCAAGAAAAAACGGAAGUUUGGAUGGACCGGAUUAUGUAACAAUGGAGGGACGUGUGAGGAUCUGGUCGAUGGGUACAAAUGUCACUGCCCACCCGGUUUCAGAGGCAAACACUGCAAUACCAAAGUCAAUGAGUGUGAGAGUUCUCCAUGCCAAUACGGUAUUUGUGAGGAUCAACAAAACGGCUACAGAUGUGCGUGCCUUUCUGGGUUCCACGGGGUGCACUGUGAAUUCAGUGUCGAUGAAUGCAAAAGUUACCCCUGUGAAAAUAAUGCAACAUGCAUUGAUCUUGUCGAUGGCUUCUAUUGUGCAUGCCCACAGGACUAUCAUGGCAUAUAUUGUGAGAUUCUGACCAAUCGCUGCUUGUCUGACCCUUGCAAGAACCAAGCUGUGUGCCACAGCACGGGGCUGGAUUUCACGUGCGAUUGCCAGCGAGGUUACACUGGAAAGAUGUGUGAACUUGAAGUGGAUGAAUGCGUGUCAGACCCCUGUCUGAACGGCGCAACUUGCGUUGACACGAUCGGGGGAUACUCGUGCUUCUGCCUUCUUGGCUUUGAAGGAAUUCACUGCGAAUUACUAGUAGAUGAUUGCGAGACAAACCCGUGCCUUAAUCAAGGAACCUGCCUGGACGGUAUCGGAACGUUCUACUGUGCAUGCGAAGCAGGUUACUAUGGUGUGAUCUGUGAGCAUGAUGUCAACGAAUGCUGGUCAGAACCCUGUCAGAAUUUCGGUGGAUGCUUAGAUCUAAUCGACGACUAUACUUGUAACUGUGCACCGGGUUACACGGGCAAGCAGUGUCAGAUUGAAAUCCAGGAAUGCGUGUCGGCACCGUGCUUGCACGGUGGUACAUGCUUGGAUCUAGUGGCUGCGUACCGGUGCGAUUGUCCUAGAGGUUACACAGGUAAACACUGCGAGGUUAAUGUGGACGAGUGCACAGGGCGGCCGUGCUUCAACGGGGCGACCUGCGUGGAUGGGCUCAGUGAGUUCCGCUGCUACUGCCUGGAAGGAUACGAAGGAGACCUUUGCGAAAACAAUGUAGAUGAAUGCGCGUCCAGCCCCUGCACGAACGGGGGUGUCUGCUACGACCAGGUGGCUGGGUUUCAUUGCCGGUGCCCGGAUGGUUUUGUUGGUCACCGAUGUGAGAGCGAGAUGGAUGAGUGCGCCGGUGAUCCUUGCAUGCACGAUUCGGUGUGUCUAGACAUGGUGCAUGAUUUCGUCUGCUUGUGUGUGGCUGGUUUUACCGGUACCUACUGUGAGGAGAAUAUUGACGACUGUGAGGAUGGAACGUGUGUGCAUGGGACCUGCAUAGACAGAGUCAAUGGAUAUCUGUGCUCCUGCCAAGACGGAUUCACCGGUCAGAACUGCGAUAUCCAGAUUAACGAGUGUGCUAGCUCGCCCUGCAAACAAAAUGGCUCCUGUGUCGACCAGGCAAACAGCUUUGUGUGCAAAUGUGCACCGGGUACUGAAGGGAGACUUUGUGAACUCACUACGGACAACUGCCUGUCUGCUCCCUGUUUGCACAACGGAACAUGCCAGACCGAGACCACAUCAUUUAGCUGCGACUGUGCUAGGGGCUACGAAGGGGUGAGAUGCGAGAAAAACACUGAUGAAUGCUCAAGCUCACCGUGUCAAAAUAACGGGCGGUGUGUUGACAGAAUUGGCUGGUAUCAGUGCGUCUGCGCACCUGGUUACCUAGGGGUCAACUGCGAGGUCGAUAAUGACGACUGUGCGCCGAAUCCAUGCGCCCAUCCAAACGCCACGUGCGUCGAUAUGCCAAAUAGGUUUGAAUGCCUUUGCCCGCCCGGUUUCGAAGGGAAAAGAUGCGCUGUGGAGAAGGAUGAAUGCACCUCAGCGCCAUGUGCUGGAAACGCUACGUGUUUAGACGGAGACGGGGAUUUCACUUGUUUCUGUCCUCCAGGUAUCACGGGAUCUCUUUGUGAAUUUGAAGUGUACGAAUGCAGUAGCAACCCAUGUCAAAAUGGCGCUACCUGUGUUGACAAGAUGGACGCAUAUACAUGUCGAUGUGUUCGAGGAUAUACAGGCACGCACUGUGAGAUUGAGAUAGUAGAAUGCAACAGCAGCCCAUGCUUGAACAAUGGAUCGUGUGUGGAUCUCGUCAACGCCUUCAAGUGCGAGUGUGCUGGAGGAUUUUCUGGAGUUCACUGUCAGAUAGAUAUGAAUGAGUGUGACUCCUUCCCCUGUAUGCAUGGAGGGGAGUGCGUAGACGAAGUGGAUGGGUUUACUUGUGAAUGCUCACCAGGGUAUGACGGAGUACUUUGUGAAGAAAACAUAAAUGAGUGUGAGAGCUCACCCUGUGUUGAUGAGGGUAACUUCCAAGAGAGUGUCUGUAUUGAUAUGGUGGACGGGUUUAGAUGUAUCUGUCCACCAACUAGGACAGGGGGUCGCUGUGAAACUUUGAUCGACGUCUGUUCGAGUAAUCCGUGUAAGAAUGAAGCAACGUGUCUCUUCGCAGCUGGGGGGUUUGAGUGUCUUUGCCCAAGCGGGGUAGUAGGAUUCCUUUGCGAUGUGGUAGUACAUGCUUGUAGCAGCAGUCCUUGUCUAAAUGGCGGUAGUUGUGUAGACUACCAAGGCGUUGGAUUUUUAUGUCAGUGUAAGCUGGGGUAUAACGGGUAUCGAUGCGAGAAUCAGACAGACGACUGUGCAAGCAACCCUUGCCAAAACAGUGCAACUUGUCUGGACUUAGAGAAUGGUUACCGCUGCGAAUGCGUCAAAGGGUAUGCUGGUUUGUACUGCGAGACAGAACUGGACGAGUGCGGGUCAGAACCGUGCAUGCAUGGCGGACGAUGCCUCAAUCUUGUGGGGGGAUUUGUCUGUGAGUGCCCUCCCGGAUUCGAUGGUGUGCUGUGUCAAGAAAACUUGGACGAGUGUGCCAGCUCACCAUGUGUGGGUCAAGCGGAUGAAAAUCCAGGAAACCGGAGCGUGUGCGUAGAUAUCGUUGAUGGGUACCGGUGUGUCUGCCCGACUAGUCGGACAGGGGACCGUUGUGAGCUGUGGGCGGACUCAUGUCGGAGUGAUCCAUGCAAGAAUCAAGGGACAUGCCUUUCAGUAGAUGGAAAUUAUGUGUGUACAUGCCCAGCUGGAUUCAACGGUGAGACAUGCUCCAACGACAUAGAUGACUGUGCCAGUGGACCCUGUGCGUAUGGACAGUGUAUUGACGAUGUGGACUCCUAUCGCUGCAAAUGCUUGCAUGGUUUCGAAGGAAAGCACUGCGAGAAGAACAUCAACGAGUGUCAGCCCGACCCGUGCUUUAACGAGGCAGUCUGCGUGGACAUGAUUAGUGGAUAUGCCUGCCUUUGUAAGCCUGGGUUUGCAGGCAAAAAUUGCAAAGACAUUAAGUAUCCAUGCAUGGACGAUCCUUGUCUGAACGGAGGGACAUGUGUGGACGCCACAGGAAUGGGGGACGAGUACUGGUGCAUGUGUCUUAGCGGCUGGGCCGGACGAUACUGUGAGGUGAAGGUAGGCCCCUGCCUAUCGCAACCUUGUCACAACUGCGGCCACUGCGUGCCAGCAAACGGUGAGGAGUUUGUUUGCCAAUGUGAGGAGGGCUUUACAGGGGAUCUCUGUGAGACCUUGGUCGACUUCUGUGCUGAAAAUCCUUGCUCAGAUGCUGGCACGUGUUUACGGGAAUCUGGGGGAUUCAAGUGCAUUUGCAUACCCGGGUACAUUGGCAAACACUGCGAGCUUCACCAGCAGCCACUGAGAUGAAGGAGCAACCUUCAAUGAAGAGCUUCUUAUCAUCAAGCCUUAUACAGUGCACAGAGCAUUUUGGCGCCAGUUUCACCCAGACACUUUUAAAUACAGUAAAGAACUUUUGAACAGUGAUAAAAAAAACCAAAAGAACUGCACAGUUCUCGCUAAAAGUUGCUUCAAGUGGCGUAUAUAUAAGUGAGACCCAGGCUGUAAGGAAUCACUUGUAUUGGACGUGAUUAUGAAGGUGUGAUUCUCAGUGGAUUUCACAUUGCUAUUAAGGUGAACAUGUAGCACUUUUGUUCAAAUUCUUAGCUGUGGGCACUGGGAGGGGCAAGGUCUUAAUUAGCAGAUGUCCCCCCGUAUUCCCGGUUACACAAUUGUCCGGUCUGCACAGAAGUUUAAAUAUACAAACGGGAUUUCUCUCCUAGAAGCAUACGAUUUUUAACCUUACAUAGCUAAUGUGGACUUGUUGAAAAAAAAGAUGUCUACAUGAUGCAGGAAAGGAAGACGUUCUAUGGACUUAAACAUGUCCACAGGACGUUUCCCCUUCUCUGAAAAGAAGUUUAGGGACAUUUUGGGGUUGGGAUCAUCAGUCGUAAAAGGAAUAGAAAGUCAAGGAAACCUUUGACAAAAAGCAACUGUUUUUACGGAGUUUUUAAAAUCUGCGCGAAAACAAGGGACUGUCCACGCUAGGCAUGUAUCGUAAAUAGGUGAGGGUGUGUUUUUGUGUGCAUGUUUGCCGCCUACAGACUUAAGGUAGACUUGAAGUCGAUCGAUACCACGACUCCAGUUUUUUCAUUUCAUUUUUUUUCCGCUGGCAUAAAACGAGUAAUCCAUAUUGUUACAAUCCGAGAAAUUCCAAACUAUUUAUUUAUUCUGAAGCUUUUGUUUAAUGCAAGAAAGAAAUAAAACAAGAUCACUCUGA